AUGGCGAUGCUCUACAGCCUGUCCUCUACAACCUGUCCUCUACAGCCUGUCCUCUACAGCCCAGCCUGUCCUCUACAACCUGUCCUCUACAGCCUGUCCUCUACAACCUGUCCUCUACAGCCUGUCCUCUACAACCUGUCCUCUACAGCCUGUCCUCUGCAGCCCAGCCUGUCCUCUACAUCCCGUCCUCUACAACUGAAAUAUUUCUACUUGUCCUCUACACCUGUCCUCUACAGCCCGUCCUCUACAACUUGUCCUCUACAGCCCGUCCCCUACAGCCUGUCCUCUACAGCCCGUCCUCUACAGCCUGUCCUCUACAACCUGUCCUCUACAGCCUGUCCUCUACAACCUGUCCUCUACAGCCUGUCCUCUACAACCUGUCCUCUACAGCCUGUCCUCUGCAGCCCAGCCUGUCCUCUACAUCCCGUCCUCUACAACCUGUCGUCUAUAGCCUGUCCUCUACAGCCCGUCCUCUACAACUUGUCCUCUACAGCCCGUCCUCUACAGCCUGUCCUCUACAGCCUGUCCUCUACAGCCUGUCCUCUACAGCCUGUCCUCUACAGCCUGUCCUCUACAGCCUGUCCUCUACAGCCCGUCCUCUACAACCUGUCCUCUACAGCCCGUCCUCUACAAUCUGUCCUCUACAACCUGUCGUCUAUAGCCUGUCCUCUACAACCUGUCCUCUACAGCCCAUCCUCUACAACUUGUCCUCUACAGCCUGUCCUCUACAGCCCGUCCUCUACAACUUGUCCUCUACAGCCUGUCCUCUACAGCCUGUCCUCUACAACCUGUCCUCUACAGCCCGUCCUCUACAAUCUGUCCUCUACAGCCUGUCCUCUACAGCCCGUCCUCUACAGCCUGUCCUCUACAGCCUGUCCUCUACAGCCCGUCCUCUACAACCUGUCCUCUACAGCCUGUCCUCUACAGCCCGUCCUCUACAACCUGUCCUCUACAACCUGUCCUCUAGCAGGAGCUAUUUCAACACAGUCACAGGCAUCGUGCAACGUUUGA